ACACCAGUCCUCCUCCAGUCUCCCACCGUCGCCAGUCUGCUGCAGCUCCGUCACCCCACCUUCUGGCACCCAGCCUCUGCCCUCUGGUACAAAAUAACUUCCUGGACCCCUGAGAGAGAGGGAGAGAGAGAAGACAGAGAGGGAGGAGGUGGAGCAAACGGAUUACACCCCCCCCCCCCCCCUCCACUACGUCACAUCCGCCCUGCCAGAGAAGGGGGCCGGGCUUGAGAAUAGUGGAGCAAGAGAACAGACGUGCACACUGAGCGAGAGAAAGGCAGCCCCAGUGAGCGAAAGAGAAGUGUCUGUAAUCCCCCCACCUUGUGAUAAUGUGUCGGAGCAGGAGCCUGCAGCGGGCAGCAGCGCGGAGCUCAGGGAAAUGGUGAGAUGCUGCAAGUCAUUGCACAGCCCUCCGUCUUGCUACAAUCUCCACAGAGUUAGGGUUGAUGUGCGCCGGCUCCGGCCGAUCAGCUCCGCCGGGGAGCAGGGGGGAGUCAGCGGCGGCAACAGCUCAGGCCAGGUGGCCCAAGUACUCAGCCACAGGAACCGAUUCAGGUAUGCUGAGAGAGAGAGAGAGAGAGAGAGCGCGAGGGAACAAGAGGUGAAUGACCACAGGAUGUCUUGGCGUGUGAAUAACAUGCCUGCUGUACAUGACAUGACAGAGAGAGGACCGACACGGAGAGAGAAUGAAUGGUACUUAGCCUAUAGAGUGAUUGUUUACAGUACAUGAGUGGUAGAGAUGGAUUGAAAGAGCGCGAGAGGGAUGAAUAGAGCGAGCAUAAAGAUUAUUCAUGUAAUUUUCUGCCGUGGGAUUGAUGCUGUAGCAGUGGUGUGGUUUCUGAGUGGGUGGUUGUGUUGAGCUGUGCCCUGGCUGCUUCAUGAGCAGGGGGACAAGUGUGAGCCAAGGGGUACAGUCGGUCUGCGCUCCCAAUGCCCCCUCUCGCUCCUUUUCUCUGUCUUUCUCAAUCUUUUUUUUUUCUUUCUCUGUCCCAGGCAGCACAAAGCCUCUGUUUGGCCUAAUUGCAGCGUAAUGUCCUUAAGCUCCGACCAGGCGGGCCAGUCAAAGGGGGAACAAAGCAUCUGGGCCAGCCCUAUGCAGCCAGCUAGCCAGCCUUACCCAGCCAGUCCUGAAAGAAGUGAUGGAUAGAUGGAGUUUUCGAGAGCUGCGUGAAGGCUAAGACUCUGCUAGUGUGGAUAGAGAGAGCCAGUAGAGACAGGAUAGAGAGAAUGCUAUGCAGUCAGUGAUUGGCUAAUAUGUGCCUGCAUUGAGGAAGAGAGGGGGGUGCUGCUGGAGCGUGCGUUUUGUGUGGUGGAGAGAGAGCUAGAGAUGGGGAUAGCUGGGAAAUAUAAUAAAAAAGGAUAGAAGAAGUGUUAAUAUGUUGCGUUUGUUACUUUUGUUGCAUUUAUCCGGGUGGCUGGGAUGUUUAAGCUAUACUUUACGAUGGCUGAAACCAAGGCAUAUGACAGGUUAUGGUAAGUAUUUUAAAUAUUUAAAAUGUUCUGCACUGGUAGACUUCUAUGAGAAUUGAGAUUCAAUUACAUGUAAAUUAUUUAUUAGGAUUUUUUUAAAUAUCCUUUUAUAAAGGGGUUAAACAUUAUGCAAAUGACUUUGUUUAGGCUAUAUUAGCUCCAUUAGCUCUAAUCUUAUUAUAGGCUGUUGUCUACCCGUCCAGGCUGUGAGUAGUAAACGUUGCGGUCCUGUUUAGAGCUUAGAAAAGAUGAGUGUCCCAGUGUCACACUGCAGUCCAAACUAGGCCAGCCAGCCAGCAGUGACUGAGGAGAGCAGUCGCUAGCUCCAGUACACUACGUACUGAACGGCACCAUUCAGCCACAUCAGCAGCAUGCCUCAGUGGAAGUAAUCCCCUACCCAUCUAUCCGUGUAGCCAAAGUAAUCAGAGAUGUGAUUUUCCCUGAUGAUUCAAUAAUUCCAGAUUUCCAGAAUCAGGCGUAUCUUGGAUCUCUUGCUGUGGAUCAUUAAAAUGUGUUGAUGGGCUCCCCCCCACUGACUUAUGUUGUGGUGGUGAUCAAACCCUUAGAAAUUAGACAGUAAAAGGUGGUGAUAGGAAUGUCUGUGUCUGUGUAGACCCACUGAACCUCACAGCUCCACACACUGCUCCAGAUCUAAAGACCAUCGUUGGAUCUGUGUGUGUGUGUUCAGAUAGCUAUUGGAACAAUAUGGGCAGUGUUGUCUGUGAAUGGCUGUGCUGGGGACAAUCAGUCAGCACUGGCUGUAGUUUCACAAAGGGCGCAUCAACACCAGCCUGUAAAGCACCAUUCAAUUGAUCUGAUUUAGCUCUGAGGCCAAACAGGUCUAUAAUGACACAGGGAUUAACGAUACAGCAGAGCCACUGACCAACCUGUGAGUGUGUGUCAUGUCAGUGUGUCUCUGUGUCAAUUGAUUGAGCUUCUGUGUGUGCAUGCGUGAGACUGUCAGGGUCAACUGUUGUAAAUGAACAUAUCCAGUCCUACGCCAUUGUUGUCAUUAGACUUGUCUCAUCGGUUUGGCCUACAGGUCACCUGUAGUUGGCAGUGUCUGUGUGUAUGCCAGUGGCAGGUGUUAAGGUGCAGCUGACUGACUUAUGUCCAUUAGGGUGUCAGUGUUGAAGCCUUCCAUGGCACGCUUGUCUCUUAUCCUGAUUAGUGGACAGGUGUUCUUUAGGCCUGUAGAUAGCUAUACAGCUAUCCUGUAUUAUACCCCCCCCCACCCCCCACCCCUCCCUUUUAAGGCCUGUUAGCGCUGGCUCAUCACUUUCAGGGCCAAAUAUGACCCCCAUCCCCUGACAUGCUAAUGUGGACUUCGCAGAGCUAAGGCUGCAGCACCUCUGCAUGUCACUUUGCUGAGAACGAGUUAUACCUAUACUUGCCAUACACAAGUGAUGUUGUGGUUUCCAGUUGAAAUGACCCCAUUGAUUUCACUGAUGGCUAAAAUGGACAAGUGGGAAGGAUUUAGGUUUGCAGACUUUGCACAUUAGUCAAGUGUUAAGAUUUAACGGUGUUAUAACAACACAAUUAUUGCCCAUUCGUAAACAAAUGAAAUGAUAAUCAUUGGCCGUGUCCGAAAUAUGACUUGCAUACUACAGUACUUAUUUAAACUGCAUACUGUGUACUAUUUAGGACAUACUGUUUAGUAAAAACAAAUAUCAGCAUACUACUGAGAAUGCCUAAUCUAAUGCACAAUUGGGGCGGCAGUUAGCUUAGUGUCAGAGGAAGGCCCUCAAAAUUGUCAAAGACUCCAGCCACCCUAGUCAUAGAAUGUUCUCUCUGCUAUCGCACGGCAAGCGGUACCGGAGUGCCAAGUCUAGGUCCAAAAGACUUCUCAACAGCUUCUACCCCCAAGCCAUAAGACUCCUGAACAGCUAAUCAUGGCUACCCGGACUAUUUGCACUGCCCCCCACCCCCACCCCACAUUUUAUGCUGCUGCUACUCUGUUUAUUAUUUAUGCAUAGUCACUUGACCUCUACCCACAUGUACAUAUUACUUCAACUACCUCAACUAGCCGGUGCCCCCGCACAUUGACUCUGCACCGGUACCCCCCUGUAUAUAAAGCCUCCUUACUGUUAUUUUAUUUUACUUCUGCUCUUCUCAACACUUUUUUGUUGUUUUAUUUUACUUGUUUUAUUAAAAAUAAAUGCACUGUUGGUUAAGGGCUGUAAGUAAGCAUUUCACUGUAAUGUCUGCACCUGUUGUAUUCGGCGCAUGUGGCCAAUAACAUUUGAUUUGAUUUAGUGGUUAAGAGCGUUGUGCCAGUAACCGAAAGGUCGCUGGUUCUAAUCCCCGAGCCGACUAGGUGAAAUAUCUGUCUGUGCCCUUGAGCAAGGCACUUAACCUUAAUUGCUCCUGUAAGUCGCUCUGGAUAAGAGCGUCUGCUAAAUAACUAAAAUGUAAAUGUAAAUUCCUGCCAUUCGUUCAUUAUCAGCUGAUUACCAGCAUACUAUUUUUUUUGAAAAAGUACAUACUAUAAAAUGUGGGGGGGGUUUGCAUACCCAAAUGCCUACUAUUUAGAAUGCAAGUACAGGUGUUCGGACACGGCCAGUGGUUUUGCACAUUACGUGUGUUGGAUGUCCCUUGUUGCGGUAACAUUGGCCUCCCCCCUUAGAGUCCACUGCUGCAUCACUGCUGCCCUAGUUGGUCCUAUUGUACAGAACCAGGGCAAUACAUCACAGCCACUGAAGCCUAUUUUAAUAGACUGUUUUACAGUGCAGCCAGGCAGAUGAUUGAUUUGGCUGUUGGGUGGAUAUGCUGUUUCUAUGCAUUUUAUGUGGUGUGUUUACCACCCACACUUAAACAGAGCACAGGGUUUGUCAUCAAAAUCCUGCUCCGCAUUUAUCGGCUUAGCAAAUAAAGUGAUUCAUUUAUCUUUGAGCAAUUUUAACAUAGCAUAUUGAGAGAUCUGGAUGGAUGGCAGUUAGAAAUUAGGAUAUUUUAAGGACACACAGUUUCUUAGGAAACUAACCAUUUGGUGGUUUGGAUGAGAUACUGUAGAAGAGUACCAUCUGCAUUGUUGAAGAGAGUUUGGGGAUACAGUGGGGAGGAUGUGUGCAGUCAGAACAUGUGAACGUACAGUAGCCUAUUUCCUGAUAGGAAUGUGUUGUGUGAUUGUGUUUGAACAGUAUAAAGGAAGAGGGCGUCAUCGGUCCGCUAUUUCUGUUUGUGCGUUUGUUGUCGUGUUAUUUUGUUUUACACGUCUUUGUGUAGGCCCAUUGUCAUGUCCCUUGCAUGGACACAAGUAUGUGCAUUGUCCCUAUUUUUCAUGUGCUUUGCUGUGUGGGUGUGUGUGUAUGUGGGUGAAACUCUGUGGGUGAAUGUGUGAGCCUCUGUCCUGCCUGUCUGUCGUCUGUCUGUCAGUGUUUGUGUACUGAGACUGUUUUGUGUGUACUAUGUAUACACGGCCACACCUGUGCCAACCCAGCGUUUUGUAUGGUUGCCCAGGUUGCAGUUCCCUCAGUUGGCCUUGCGGCGUCGUCUUGGCCAGUUGAGCUGUAUGUCCCGGCCCGCCUUGCGGCUGCGCUCAUGGCCGCUCAGCUUCCUCUACUACUUCCUGACCUUUCGUGCACUCAAGCCCCUGGCCAAGGUUGGCUGGAGACCAACAAGCAGGGUGAGUACUUACCUGCUAACAGCUGCUACAGAAUUUCUUUGUGUGUAUAUCUGUGGGUUUGUGUGUGAAUGUCAAUCUCAGCAUCCAGGGGUACCAACUCUUAGAAUACUUGUGGAAUAGGAUGAGAGUUUCUCUCUUACAAGGUAAAGUACAACUUGAACACUUGAAAAAUCACUUUUUAAAGCCAAUCCAUUAUCAUCACUGUAAUAACCCCUAUGGUCGUUAGUUUCCCCUGCUUCGUGGCCCUAGGUUUUCUCAGCUAGAGGUGCUCUGUUAGUGCCACUGAUGUGAGUAGGGACAGGCACGGUUAUUUGAAUAUCCGAACGGACGUUAGUAUUCGAUUACUUGCAAGAGUUCAUAAAAUAUAAAUAAAAUAAAAAAAAGAUAUAUAUAUAUAUAUUAUUUAUUUUUUAUUUUUUUUACAUGUAUAUCUGUGACGUAGACUAUGACAUUAUAAAUUUUAAUAAAACUACAGUUUUUACGAGUGCCCCCCAUUUAAAAAAAUGAAGUACCGGUAGCCUACACACUUUUCACGCUUGUUAUUGUUGGUCAAUCAAAGCAGCUCUACCGUCAGAGGCUCCAUGUGUAGCAAGUGAAGUGGGAGAUUUCUAAUCAAUGCAAAAUGGAAUUACAGUUACGGAAUUAAGUUGGCUAAAUGAGAAGGAGUAAGCUUCAAUGAUCAACCAACAGGUAGGCUGUUUAAUAUGAAUGGAGUUGUUGUCGACAAGGACACGCAACAAAAUCCUCCACCCGUAUGUGGUGAGUGCAGCACCCCCUCCCCCACCGUCUGUGGUGAGUGCACAUCCUCCUCCACCGCCACAGAUGGCUGGACCCAUAUGGACCUGCAGAGCUCCGGUCUCACUGUUCACUGUACAGGCCCUACCAUACAGCCUAUCAAAGGCCCUUUGUGUGGGCCACACAAUAACAGAGAAAUGCUUUGUUUUGUUCUCCUGCUUUGCUCGCUCACGCUGUCACGGUCACGGGGCGACUGAGUGCACUUAGUUUCAAUGGAAGCUGUUUUUCCCUUACCAUCAGCCAAUAAGCAUUUAAUGUUAAUGAAAUGUUGAUCUAUUCCACCUCCCCUGGACCAUUAUUCAAAGGGGAUACUCAGUCGUGGAGAUGGAACUUGUCUGCCACCCAUAUCUUUUGCUGAUCUCAUUUUCUGCAGUUUGGACAAUAUCUGUGAUUUAUCUCUAGCUACAGGAGCUAACUGCCUGUGAGUUGUGUGGGCGGAUCUAGACUCAGCAGGCAGCACAGCACCGGUGGCUUAAAUUCAGGACUGUGUGUUACGUUCCAGAACAUUUGGAUAUAAAUGUUGUAGAAAAUACAUACUUUUGUAUAUAUAGUGUAUGUGGACACCCCUUCAAAUUAGUGGAUUCAGCUUUUUCAGCCACACCCUUUGCUGACGUAUAAAAUCAAGCACACAACCAUGCAAUCUCCAUAGACAAACAUUGGCAGUAGAAUGGCCUUACUGAAGAGCUCAGUGACUUUCAACGUGACACCGUCAUAGGAUGCCACCUUUCCAACAAAUCAGUUCAUCAAACUUCUGCAAUGCUAUAGCUGCCCCGGUCAACUGUAAGUGCUGUUAUUGUGAAGUGGAAACGUCUAGGAGCAACAACGGCUCAGCCGCGAAGUGGUAGGCCACACAAGCUCACAGAACUGGACCGCCGAGUGCUGAAGCGCGUAAUAAUUUUGGUUGCAACCCACACUAAAUAAGCCCCAGAAUUUCUCCUACGUUAGUUUUUCUGUUCAGUUUGAACUCUGAUCACCUUCAUGGUUAUUAAUCCUGCCCUGAAAUCAAUGCGGAUUGAGCCACACUGUGGAUCAAAUAGCGUUUCUAGACACUUUCCCCUCCUACCUACCUGUUAAACUCCUAUUCUAUUUUAGGUCUAUUUUAAAUCUGCCAUUCUGUGUUUAUUAAUUAGUCUGUCCUCACAUCUGAGGCCAUGUAAAAAAAAAUUGCUCUUAAUGCGUAUUUUAUUGUUCCGGUGGUCCGUUCAUAGCCUUGAGACGGAUUUGAUCCCGUAGGCUGCCGAUCCCUAAAGUACACAGUCAACAAAUUAUAAUUAACGAGGCUUGCUUCCACAUAUCAAUAUUAAAUUAAUCACGUUUUGCACAUUAAACCCCAUCUAUAUUAUCAGAUAUCUUGCAGGACGUGUACGGGUCCGAUUCGCAACAUUUUCGAAGGAGGGGAUAGGUAAGCUUUAUUAGAGCUCUUUUCUCCUCCUUCCUAAUGUCAGCUGGUCCAGAAGCUGACUAAUCCACUUAGCUAGGCAGAAGCUAUCUGAUGCCAGCCCAGCCCAGCCCAGCGAGCAGCAAAUCAAGCAGCAAACCAUCUGGAGCUCACAGGCGAUGGAGUUUAAACAGACCAGACUACUUGCAGGUGCUAGGAGGGUCUGAUCAUCGGAUCGCUUUGUCACUCUUCACUUCAUCGCACACUGAAUUUCGUGCUUCGCGUUGUAAGCAUCUGAGUGAGUCACAGAUGGAUGUUGUUCUACACCUGUGCAGAGAAGUCAAGUGACAGGCGGCUCCUUCAACUCGACUCGUCACAUCUCAUGGAUACUGAGAUGAAUAGAACGGGAUGUAGGAAUCAAUGAAGUUUCGAUGAGUUUGGUUUUUUGAUGCUGCUGCUCAAACCGACGCUGCUGCUCCGAUGUGGUCGUGUUUUGGUGAGUGCAGUUUAGGGCUCGGUUUAUGUUUAGGUAUCCGUAAAGCCGUGAAUUGAUGGCUUUCUAAGCAACUGAAACUUUGCAGUUAUCUUAGUGGUUAAGAGCGUUGUGCCAGUAACCGAAAGGUCGCUGGUUCUAAUCCCCGAGCCAACUAGGUGAAAAAUCUGUCGAUGUGCCCUUGAGCAAGGCACUUAACCCUAAUUGCUCCUGUAAGUCGCUCUGGAUAAGAGCGUCUGCUAAAUGACGUAAAUGUAAAAUCUGAAAAAGUCAAAUUUGCAGAUUUACACAAUUUGUGCGAGUUCUACCUGUUCACUUUUGGCUUCUACAAUGCACCUGCAAACUAAGACAGUACUUCAGGUGUGCAGAAGUUUAAUCUAUUCAGGCGCCUUAAAAUGCUGUCAACACCUCAACCUUACUACCUGUCCCCCACAUGGCCUUGAUGCAAUUGACUUAGUGAUGUGAGUGGCUAAUACUUUUAUUCCUCGAUUGAGUCAAGAUGUCACCUUGCCUUCAAUAGCCUCGUCUGCCAGGGUUCUAGCUUCUCCUAGUAGAGUUCUCCCAGUAGAGAAGCAGUAGCCCGGUGACGGAUAUGUUUGUGCAGUCUUGCCAACUCCUAUGGUCGUUUGGUGUAACAAUGACCAUAGGAGUUGGCCAGACCACAAAAACAAGGAGCCAGGAUGCAGCCAAUGUGAGAACAUGGUGUCUAGCUACGUGUAGUGUAACUCAACCUUCUCUUCCUUCUUGGUUCAGGUUGCUCUGUACAAGACCAUCCCAACACGGCUGCUGUCUCGGGCCUGGGGUCGGCUGAACCAGGUGGAGCUGCCGACCUGGCUGAGGAAGCCAGUCUACAGUCUGUAUAUCUGGACGUUUGGUGUCAACAUGCAGGAGGCAGCUGUGGAAGACCUAAUUCAAUACAGGAACCUGGGAGAGUUCUUUAGACGGAAACUCAAACCGGCUGUCCGGCCUGUGUGCGACUCGCACUGCGUGGUAAGUGUGUGUAUGUACGUGCAUGCAUGUUCACACGUACAGUAUAUGUGAACUGUCUGUCUAUGUGUGUGUGAACAGUGCGUGUGAAUUUGAACUACUCUUCCUGCUCCAUGUUUGAUCAGAGUUCUCUCUACUGCCAAUUAACCCAGCCCGAUCAGUCUGGCUCUUAUACACAUAGAGAAGUAGAUCCCUGGCUAAAGCCGUAAAUGCCUGUGUGCAUUUCAGAUCAGCCCAGCAGAUGGGAAGAUCCUGCACUUUGGGCGGGUGCGGAACUGUGAGGUGGAGCAAGUCAAAGGAGUCACCUACUCUCUGGAGACCUUCUUGGGACCCCACACUUGGGCUGAGGCCAUCAACAGUACCAUCAAGCCAUCAAGUGAAUACCUCUACCCUUUCCCCCUCAUUGUCUAAUGCACAAUCCCAAUUUGACCCUUAAUCCCCUACCUCCUUUAGACUUGUUGAUCUCUAAGGAUUGGGUGGGUAGAUGUAUAACUUAUGUUUAUGUACCUAAUAGGCCCACCUUGCCCCCAGUCAUUUUCUUAUAAUAUUAGACCCAUCUAAUCCUUUGUUUUGUCUAGCACAGAGACUAGGGGUCAUUUAGGAUUGGUUUGUAUGACACACCUUACACACCCUGCCUGCUGACCAUAACGGUGUGUGUAUGUGUGUUUUCCCAGAUGAAAAGGACCCCAGCUCGUUUCAGGACCUGCUGGUGACUAAAGAGGGGAAUGAGCUGUUUCACUGUGUGGUGUACCUGGCUCCAGGAGACUACCACUGCUUCCACUCCCCCACAGACUGGAGGGUGGCCCACAGAAGACACUUCCCUGGUCAGUACGCUGUUAGGACUGUGCUACACAUCAUAAUUCCCCUAUACUAACACCAGAAUUACUCCACUACGGUAGGAUGAUGCUAGGACAAUCCCAGGAUGUCCAGGACACACACACACACACACACACACAUAUCAUAAUCAUGCUACAUACUCAGACUCGCCAUGCCACACCUUACACACUCACUCCUAUCUGAUCUAAAAUAGCACAGUCCUAAAAUCAUAUUUUGUAUAUAUAUGGUGCUGCUUGCAGUGUUUGUAUUAUACCUGAUGUUUUGUGUCUGUGUAUUUACCUCCUGCUCCCGGUCUGUGUCCCUCCCAGGCUCUCUGAUGUCAGUGAACCCUGGCGUGGCCCGCUGGAUCAAAGAACUGUUCUGCCAUAACGAGAGGGUGGUGCUGAGCGGAGAGUGGACGCACGGCUUCUUCUCCCUCACAGCCGUAGGGGCCACCAACGUGGGCUCCAUACGCAUCUACUUUGACAAGGUUAGUUAGAGCUACAGCCCACUUAGGGUGGAUGUUUACUAGUCUGACCUAUAGACAUUAAAACCAGUAGAUGGUGAUAUUGCAGACGUCAUCCACGUAUUCCUAUGGAAAUUACGAUGCCGCAUUAGUAUUUGAAUUUGAAGCCUGCCAUAUUGCCGACUGGCACAAAAAAAUCACUAAGGAUCAUGGUGGAAGUUGCCGUAAAUAGCAAAGGAUCAUGGUUGAUGUAGUCGUUGUCAUCCUGCCUAAGAGACACGCAAAGAGCAUGCAUGAGGGCGAGAGCCUCCUCGUUGCCUGCCGGCCCGUGAUUGGUCUGUGUCAGCACAUGGUCCUGUGUGACGACAAAUGUAGUAGUCAGAAUGGAUCACUAUUUUAACAUAAUAUCUUGAUUUGAAGUGAACUUUAAAAGAAUUCACCUUGGGGAUCGAACUUAAUCAUAAUAAACCAAUUUUAGAGGCCAAAACAGACGUAAAAAUAAAUCAUAGUUUGGCCGUUCUGGCGAUCGUAAUUUACAUAGACUUUCUAGGGCAGACCAGGGCUUUUGGCAUUACUAGGUAGCUACGCAGUAGCCGACCAGCAGAGCUCAUGACUUCAUGCUCCAGAACGGACACUGGGGGCCUGGUCUGAGCCUAUUCUGGUACUGUGCCAUAGUAUUCACUCACUCACUCAUCCAGUUCGCGCCGUCUAGCUCAUAGAACAGCAACGAAAGCUCUCCACGUCAGAGUAUUUAGGGACCUUGGUAUUGUCCAUACGUAGAGGAAGUUCUGAAUGAGAGCAACAAAGUUAGUGGUCCCACUAUUUUUUUUUUUAAACAUGUACGUAUUGCCACAACAAUGAUAUACUAUUGACAAGCAGUGUAAUAAUAGUGUACGUACACAUUUUUUAACUAGCUUUAGAUGUAUUACUGAUGGUGAUCUCUUUCUCUGAUAGUGUGAGGACAGAGACAAAGAUCACCUGCUUAACCUAAUUAUUAGGACAACAGUACAUACAGGAGAAAUAAUGCUAACUUAAGAGAGGUUCUGACCCCUUGUCACUCUGACCCCUUAUUACACUUCUCACAGUGAGCUUUCGCUCCCUCUGCUUCCUGUCCCACUUACCUGUACGUCAGGCCAUUUCCUUAAGCUGCCGACACACACACCGGAUAGGCCUAUUUAAUCUCUCCACUCUGUGUUUAAACUGACUGAUGUCCCAUAGGAGCCAUAUACUUCCAUUGAUUAGACCAGAGACUUAGGAUGACGUGGUCGUUUUAAUAUGUAGGUGAGGGGGUUAACUGUAAGCCAACACCAUCACCUGCUGUGGGUUUGGCUGUCAUUAAGAAGAGCCUGAUCAGGAAGGGGGGAGGCGAAGGAAGGGUGAGGAAAGGUGGGAGUGGGGAGGAGAGGGGAGACGAGGAGGGGAGAGGAAAGCGGGGGGAGGGGAUAUGAGAAAGAUGAAAUGGGGAGAGGAAAAGCGAGGAGGGCGCCAGUGGCACAAGCUGUUCCCAACCAGACUGUCAACAACAUAACAGGAGGAUAUGACCUCAUUCAGUGGCUAUCAUGCUGCUCAUCGUCUAAUGGGGCUUAGUCCAAUUCAACUAUUCUCCUCAAAUGUUUUACACAUCACAUGGAUGGACACUGGAUUUAUGGGACAGUUAUGAGAUAUCCCUUAAGGGUUGGUUGGAGCAGGGUGAAUGCAACAUCAGGGCUGUGGGUUUGAUUCCCCCAUGGGUCACGUGUACUUAAUAUAUGCGUGACUAAGUUGCUUUACAUCAAAUCUAUUGGAUUUAUCUAGUGCCUUUCCACCAGAUGCUGAAAACACUUGACAUUGUAUGUAUUGGAUCAUUAUUAUAAUGUAUUUACUAAACUGAAUCCUUUCUCUCUCUCUCUGUGUCUAUCUCUCUCUGUCUGUAUCUCUCUCUCUCUGUCUGUGUCUGUCUGUCUGUCUCUCUCUCUGUGUCUGUCUGUGUCUCUGUCUGUCUGUCUGUCUGUCUCUCUCUCUCUCUAUCUCUCUCUGUCUGUGUCUCUCUGUGUCUGUCUCUCUGUGUCUGUCUCUCUGUGUCUGUCUCUCUGUGUCUGUCUCUCUGUGUCUGUCUCUCUGUGUCUGUCUCUCUGUGUCUGUCUCUCUGUGUCUGUCUCUCUGUGUCUGUCUCUCUGUGUCUGUCUCUGUGUCUGUCUGUCUGUCUGUGUGUCUCUCUCUGUCUUGCUCUCUGUCUCUGUCUGUCUCUCUCUGUGUCUAGGAGCUGCGCACUAACAGCCCACGCUACAGCAAAGGCUCGUACAACGACUUCAGCUACUUGUCCAACAACAACCAGGAGGGCGUGAGCAUGAGGAAAGGGGAGCACCUGGGAGAGUUCAACCUGGGCUCCACCAUCGUCCUGCUCUUCGAGGCUCCGCACGACUUCACCUUCAACCUGAAGGCCGGCCAGAAGAUCCGCUACGGAGAACCCCUUGGGACU